AGGCGGGGGCAGCGCGAAGGCCCGCACCCCGCACACGCUCCCCGCCGCUGGGGCGAAGGGCGGGCGCACAGCCACGGCCUCUCCCCUACCGCCGGGCGGGGCCGCCCGCAGCCCUUCCCCAGCGCCGGGUCCCUUAUGCAAGGCCGGGGCGGGGCAGCGCGGCCGCACCAUGUCCUGGUACCGCAACGCCGUGUGGUUCGUCAAGGGGCUGCGGGAGUACGGCAGGAAUGGCUAUGAGUCUGCUUCCAGACACUUCAAUCCUGCUGACUUGGAGGUGAACCUGGCUGGAAGAUCCUUUCUGGUCACUGGUGCAAACAGUGGCAUUGGCAAGGCCACAGCCAAAGAGAUAGCGAGGAGAGGUGGCACGGUUCAUCUGGUUUGCCGAAAUAAGGAACGGGCUGAGGUGGCCAAAGAAGAAAUAGAGACAGAAACAGGCAAUCAGAGUAUCUUCUUGCAUGUUGUGGAUAUAUCUAAUCCCAAGGAAAUCUGGAAUUUUGCUGAAAAAUUCAAAACUGAACAUAAAUUAAAUGUGUUGAUCAACAAUGCAGGAUGUAUGGUGAAUAACAGAGAAUUAACUGAAGAUGGGCUUGAAAGAAACUUUGCAACGAACACUUUGGGUACCUACAUUUUGACAACUGCCCUGCUGCCCCUCCUGGAAAAAGAAGCUGAUGCCAGAGUGAUAACUGUCUCUUCUGGGGGCAUGCUUGUUCAAAAGUUAAACAUAUCUGACCUGCAGUCAGCAAAUGGGACCUUUGAUGGAACUAUGGUGUAUGCACAAAACAAGAGACAGCAAGUUGUCUUGACAGAACGAUGGGCAAAAGCUCACAGAAACAUCCAUUUCUCUGUUAUGCAUCCCGGCUGGGCAGACACUCCAGCUGUGAGAUCGUCAAUGCCGGAUUUCUAUCAGAGAAUGAAGGAUUCUCUGCGCACAGAGAUCCAGGGAGCUGAUACUGUUGUAUGGUUGGCAGUAUCAUCUGAAGCAACACAGUUACCAAGCGGCUUGUUCUUCCAAGACAGGCAGCCAGUCCCUACACACUUACCACUGGCAAGCACUCGCAGUCCACCAGAGGAUGAAGAGAAGUUAAUGGAGAUGCUGGAAGAGUUGUCCCAGAGGUUUAAAUCCACUUCUCCAGGAACAUAGUGUCACUGCUGAUGCAGCGUAACCACAAAGCUUCUAAUUAUGCAGUAACAGUACUGUUGUGGGCCUGCUGUUAAGGGGAGGUAGGAUGCCAUAGGCCUAUUAAAAAUAAAUUGUGUUCAGGUGUUCUUAUCAUGGGGGAAGAGUGCUGCCUGCACCUUUCUUUGUGCUGCUGAGUCUCUCACAUUAUGAAUAUGCAGCUGCUGUCUCAAGACACAGUAAGGUUGUGUUCUUUGAAUUGCAAGAAAAAUUUGGAGGCAUUAAAAUAAAACCAAAGGCUUUGUGAAAUGACCCAAAAUUUUUUAAAACCCUCGGCACAGAAUGAAGUGCAGUGCCUUCACUUGCCUUCAUGAAGGACUUCAGGAAAGAAGUAGUAAAUGUUUUAAACAAUGUUUAACUGCUGUAUGUGACAUAUUGGUGUCUUCCUUCUCUGCGUGGGGGUGGCUGGGCUCAAAGCUAUAUCUAGGAAUGCAGAAACUGUCUCUUGCAUUCCCUUCUUAGUUUAAAUGGAAGGAUUCAUCACGGCCUUCAGUUUCUAUAAAUCAAUGCCAGUAUGCAGAAGUGAUCUGCCUCCCCGUGUUUAAACAGCAGGAAUUUAGGAACACUGCCAAAUGCCUUCCACAUUACUUUAUGGAGCCAGGGCUGAAUAUUAUCCUGUUUAUGUCAAGACACCAUGAAGUAGGAGAUUUGAACCCAGACAUGGAUGGAUCCAGCAGAGAAAUGGCUGCAUGACUCUAGGCAUGAAAAGAAAUGAGAUUCUGAGCUGUAUGUGCUUGCCGUUUCUGUGAAAGAUCAAAGAGAACUGCUUUACCAUUAUGUAUGGAUUACAUGGCAAGAGAAGACUGGAGGGUACAGGUUUUAGAGGAGAAGUCCACCUUGUGAUAAGAGGGCUGUAUUUUACCCAGAACUGUUUUAUUUCCCGACACUGAGGAUGGAAUUCAUCUUACCUGACCUGUGAACAUUUUAAUUACUUGUGGGGGAUUCUCACUUUAAAUCAACAGAGAGAAAAUGGACUUCUUCAAGGUGAUUUACUGGAUCUAGUUAAGGAAACAAUCCCUGCAUUCCUACAUCGUUCUACUGAUGGUGAAGAUAACCAGCUCAGACUAAGACAUUCACAUGGGAUUCAUUUUUUCUUAAGUAUUUCGGAUUUACUGCAUAGCCAAGGUUAUUAAUAACAACAGUAGUAAAACAUUUGCUCCUGAACCGAGUGUGUUUGAUACCAAACUGCAUACAGAGCCCAACGAAGUGUCACUACUGUUUUACACGUGGCUGCAGACCAGUGUGAUAGAACAAAGGACCCAGACACAAAUAUAGCGCAGGAGUUCUUGAGCUCUCUGCAAGAUACUGGUAGCUAAAAGCCAUGCUGAUGCGCAGAGAACUUAUGUCUGCUUUACAUAGUUUUGUUUCCCAAAAGAUAUUCUAGAGGCUGAUGGCAUUUACUCCUUUUUUGAAGGCUUCCUCUUAAGUAUCAAUUAAGGAAAAAACUUUUCAUUUCAGCCUGUUGUCAGUCUCCUUGGAAAUAACGGCUUUAUUGUCAGAAAGGCCCUGAAAUAAGUUUUCCCCCCGAUAAGUGGUGCUGAGCCACAUCAGUGUCACAGCUCUUCCUGAAGAUGCUCAGUCAGCAUUCAAACUAUUCCUUCGUUUUAGUAACUUGACUCCCUCUUGCACUACAGUGAAAGAAAACAACAGCAAGGCUUGUACAGGUGUUUUACUUCCUAGAAUUCUCCUAUCAACAUUUUACAUGAUUCAAACUCUUAAAUAGAGUAACUGAAAAUAAGGGCAUGGUUGAAAGCAUAUAUAGUAACUAUGUUUUUCCCUAGCUGAAAGGCUAAGACACUCUUGAGUAUAUAUAAGUUGCUUUUUGACUCUGCAGUAUAGAAGAAAAGCUUAAUGACUGGUAUUUAAAUAGUUCAUAAAAGUAACUAAAAGUGCACAGUAUAUAAAACAUAUUUUAGUCCACAUUCUGUACUGAUGUUGAUGUAUUUCAAUAGCACAUAUUUUUCUUCAUAGUCACAGCUUAAAAAUUAAGCUAAAAGUAUGAAAACUGCUUAAAUCCAAAUUUGGUCACAGUGUAAAAAAGCCAGAUACCAUGGUUGAAGAGCACUUGUGAUUUAAAAAGAACUAAAACACAGGACAGCGUGUGUUUAAAAAGAAUUAAAACAGAAACAAAACCUGGAGGGUCCCACACUUUUGGGAUGGUGGUCCUGAUGAUGUGGCUGUAAAGGCAGUGAGAUACUUCGUGUUAAUGCAAUUCAGAAUGACUGGUACCUACGUGUAAGCAAACAGAUUUUGUGCCACCUAUAGAAUUUUAGGGUGAAGAGAAGAACAGCAUCCAGUGACGGAUUACCAGGAGGACAAGGUGAUACAGAUUCUUGCUAAGCAGUGCAUGCUGAGGACUUUGGUGCACACCUGGCUCAUAGGAGCCAAACUAGGAGCAGAGCAGCUGUUCUUACUGCCCUUCCCUUUCCACUCUCAGCCCAGCGCUCCUUAGAUCAGUUUUCAGGCCUACGUGACUGACCUCAGGUUUCACCCUUCUCUUCAUUGUGUGCAGUCACCUUGUUGGAAGUUUUUGCUUUUGGGGAUUUUGCCCAAAGAGGAGUGUGAUGCCACGGACCAUGAGUAGAGCCUUUUCCCUGUGUCCUUAUGGAAAGGCACAGCCCAUCAACAAUCACAGCAGGAAUGACUGCAGUGCAUUUCUUCUUUUCCCAAGUUUAAUUUCUGGGACAUGUUUAUUCUUUAAAAAAAAAAACCCAACAAAACAAAAUAAAGCAACCUAUGAUUAAUUAUAAACAAUUGUUUGUUGUCUGCCUUUGAACAUUCCCAUAGAUGCCUCACUAUUUUGGACUAAACUGCAAAUACAAACUGCUGCAUUUGCAACAAUGUACAUGAGCUUUUGUGCUGUCCUAACUCUCCACGUUUACACUGUUCCACUCACUGGGAGCAAGAUGCAAGCAAGGACAUCCCUCCUCGUGCACAGGACUCAGGUGGGAUGUUGAACGUGUCAUGCCUGGGCUCAAAGAGGGGAAUUUUGCUACGGACUUCAAUGUAAACAGAUUUAAGUCAGUCCUGAAAAACUCAAUGUAAACAAUUUAUUUAGUGGGGGACAGCCUUAGGCCAAAUACUUCAAUUUUCAGUUCAAUUGCUAAAUGUAUUUUUGGAGUAACAAAGCAUUUUUUUAAAGCCAAAGCAGUGCUAGUUUUCAUUAA